CACAGCGCUGUCGCUUCGGCGCUGCCCGCUUCUCAUUGCCCGGCAGCCGCGACCCCCCUGCCUCGCUGUGCAGAGGCACAUGACCGCAGCCGACCCGCAGCCGGGGCUCCGGCGGCCGUUCCUCGAGUGCCGCAGCAGUAAGUGUGGACGUCUGUGUAAGUGUGAGAGGAUUAUGGUGGCGUUUAAAGGAGUCUGGACUCAGCCCUUCUGGAAAGCCGUUUCGGCAGAAUUUUUGGGCAUGCUCAUUUUUGUCCUCCUCAGCCUUGGCUCCACGAUCAACUGGGGUGGAGCAGAGAAGCCCUUGCCUGUAGACAUGGUCCUUAUCUCUCUCUGCUUUGGACUCAGCAUUGCCACCAUGGUGCAGUGCUUUGGACACAUCAGCGGAGGCCACAUCAACCCGGCUGUGACGGUGGCAAUGGUCUGCACGAGGAAGAUCAGCCUUGCCAAGUCCAUCUUCUACAUUCUUGCCCAGUGCCUGGGAGCCAUCGUGGGCGCGGGCAUCCUUUACCUUGUCACACCGCCCAGCGUGGUGGGCGGCCUGGGAGUCACUGCGGUACACAGAGAUCUUUCUGCUGGGCAUGGACUCCUGGUGGAAUUGAUAAUUACAUUCCAGCUGGUUUUUACUAUUUUUGCUAGCUGUGAUUCAAAACGAAGUGAUGUCACUGGUUCAGUAGCUUUAGCAAUUGGAUUUUCUGUUGCAAUUGGACAUUUAUUUGCUAUCAAUUACACCGGUGCCAGUAUGAACCCAGCUCGAUCAUUCGGACCUGCUGUCAUUAUGGGCAGAUGGGAAAACCAAUGGGUGUACUGGGUGGGACCAAUAAUCGGAGCAGUCCUUGCCGGUGCCCUGUAUGAGUACGUCUAUUGUCCAGAUGUUGAGCUCAAGCGCCGCUUCAAAGACGUCUUUGGUAAGGCUACCCAGCCUUCCAAGGGCAAGUACAUUGAGGUGGACGACAACAGGAGCCAUGUAGAGACCGAUGACCUGAUCCUGAAGCCUGGCAUAGUUCAUGUGAUUGAUAUCGACAGGGGUGAGGACAAGAAGGGAAGAGAUCCAUCCAGCGAGGUGUUGUCUUCUGUAUGACUAGCAAGAAGCACUGAAAGCAGAGAGCAGCCUGGUAGCACGUCCACAGAUAUCCUUCCACCCAUUAAAGAAACAGAUCUCCUCUAGACUGAGCACCUUCCUCUUCUUGAAAGGUAUGGUGUGGGCAGCUGCAUGGAGUGGUGUCACCAAACCAUGCGCCUGCUCAGUUGGAAGAUUAGGACUUUGCUAUAAUUAGGAUUUCCCAUCUAUUAUUCCAAAUUUAGAUUUAUAUUUUCCUUUAGUUCUUUCCGGAGCAACCCCAAAGUCAAAAAGAGAGAUGAAAGCAUUCUCCUUUAAUAAAUCAGUCAAUAAAGAGAUAAAGAUAGAAAUGUGUAACAUUCAGAUUGACAGUUAAGACAUAUCAGGAAAUGCCUAUAGACAUGAAGACCUACUUAUCAGAUUGUUCUUCUGACACUUAAUUGGCUGUUGUCAGCUCCAAUUAUAACAUCUUACCCAUUAAGCGUUCUCUGUGAGGUUCAGAGAAAGCACCAGCACUAUUUAAGAGUUUUAUCUAUAGUCAAGCAAAGGAGUAUUGUUUCCACUCCUGUACAUCACUAUUGCCUUGCAAACUACCUCUGAAAAAAAUGAUACUUUAACAGACUUUUAAAAAAAAAAUUCUGUCAACCCAUCAAAUUUUAGUCAUGUGAUUUUCCAUAUAAAUACAUUACCUUCAUCCCCAAGAGUAAAUAUGCUGAAAUGGAAUGUUGAAGUGUGUGGUAAUAAGGCUGCAAAGAAGUCGAUUGUACUUCAUGCUCCCUUUUGUCAUUGUCUAUCUGGUGAAACAUUCUCCUGAGGUUUGACUAUUGACCAUUUAGUGUUAGCAGACUUUCAAGGUCAUGCAAAGAAUAUAAAGGCUUUCCUGUUACUUAAUAACUUAAAUAAGAGAUAUCAGAAGAAAAGAAGGCAUAUCUGUUUUCAGUGCACUUGUUUGAAUACACAUUUCUGUGCUAAUUUAUGUAAACUAAAGGUUUAAAUUACUUACCUAUUUUCUUACGAGAUGGUUGGAGAUAGUGUUUUUUAAUUUAUUAGUAAUGUAGAGGGGUUUUAACUUUUAACUGUAUUGAGACACUGAUUGGGAAAUAUUUUUUUAUAACAGAUGAUAAAAGUAUGACUGCUUCUGGCUUUUUGUUGUAACUGUUGCCUAACUAUUUGAACAGGUUCCCUGCUUGUUUCAGUAUUCAUAUAGUCAUAAACUACACCUCUGGCAAAAGUUGCUUUAUCUGUUGUUAGAAAAAGGUUCAACUGCUUGCAGGGUGUUUCAGGGGGAAAAGGACAUGAAAUAUGUCUGUAAACAGUCUUUCCCCUAUAGAGGUUUUUGCCAGGCAUUAUCACCCCAGCAGAACAUUUCUGUAAAGCUAUUACUGACUUACUGCUUUUGUUUCUGAUCAGUGGCUUUGAGUUUUACAAUAUGCAGCUGCAGAGCAGUCAGGAGCAUGGUAUUAUAUUGUAAUUAUAUAGGUUUUAUAUUUAAAUUGAAAAGCUACCCCUGCUUAUUUAGAAAUAAGAGAGAAAAAAAAAAGUAUUAGUCCUGACUGUGGGCUGUAUUAGCCUCAUCUCUUCUUUGACAUACUCUACAUGCAGUCUUUAUCACAGGGAAUUAGAUGUUUCUAAUUAUAAUAAACGACUACAACCCUCAAAUCUGUGCACUAUGAUCCCAUGGCAAUUCUAGUAUCCCAGCUUGCAGGGAUAUGUUGUAUCAUCCCAGCAUGUCCUUUUUCAAGUUUCAUAUUUUUCUUGUCUUAAACCCUGCUAGUGUGGUGCAAGUUCCCUGCACUGAGCAUGAGAUGCAUGACUCCUUCAUGCAUUUGCAGUUGGGUGUGGCUGGGGACCUGCAGUGGACAUUGUCAAAUUGCAGAUAAGAGCUCCUUCCCACAGCAAAAACUAAGUCUCCCAAGAGAAGGGCAGCACAGGUGUGGUGUUAGACCUCUGCUCAGAUGGAUCAAUACCAUGAUAAAGAGAUUCAAUGAGAAAGAUCAAAACUCAUUGGGGGAUUUGUCUAGGCAUUUAGUUCGGCUUUAUUUUUUUAUAUAGUUCCAAUCUGUAUUUGUUAAAGGGACAUUUUGGUUAAACCUUUUGCAUGGCUUAAAAAGGUAAAGAGUAAUACACAUAGAAUUGGUGGAUUUUUAAGCAAAGGUUUGCAUUUUUUGUAUUUAAAGACACUCCUUAAUUUGUGAAUUUUGCAUGGUACUGUGUUAUUUAAAUAAGAAGCUGUGAUUUGUUUUAUGCUUAAGGGUCCUUUACACAAAUGGCUUGAAGUGUGUUUUCCUCGGCCAGCCUGAUUCUGCUGCUGAGGUGAGCAUAAUGUGAGCAUAGCAGCAGUCACCUCUGUUAGGAGGAUCUUUUUCCUGAAACAUUCUUUAUUAAUGGACUGUGGUAAACAGAACCAGCCGAACUCCUUAUUGAGGAUAAGAUCCUGAGACUUCUGAAAAGAGCAGGGAAAAGAAGGGAUGCUAAAAUAGAGGCCACCAGACAGUAAAGGUUGAUGCCAUGCCAUUAGAUAUUAGACAUUAGCAGGUAAGCAACGUGUGGAAGGUCUGCUGCUAAUCCCACAGAUUAAAACUUGUGGAGGAGUUUGUCAUUGGCUACAGUGGAAACGAUCCUGAGCUUUUUUGGGGUCCGAUGGCUUCUCUCACACACUUCACUGUGUUUUUUCUAAAAUCUGAGGCUUUCAGCAAUAUACUUAAUUUUGGAAGAAGAUGAAUUCAACUUGAGGUUUAUGACCCACCCUAAAUCUUUAGGAGUGGCUGUAAUCACAGGUGUUUCUGCCCCACCACAAGACAUCAUCAUUCAUGUAAAGGAACAUCACUCUUCAGUAUCUAUUAGGACUUAGUUUAGCAGAGGGGUAUGUGACCCUCUAAGCUCUCUUGCGAUGGUAUCAUCACUGUACAGUAGGCAUAAUUGGUUAUACAAUAGAGUAGCAUGACUUUUUUAUGGGUUCAAGAUACUUUUGCACUAGUAUUUUUUUUAAAACAUUUACAUUGAUACUGUUUGAGUGAUAUUUGUGUUCUAUAGCUCUUCAGCUCUAUAUUGCACCUCAUACUUGAUGUGCUCUUAAAACAUUUCUUGGUUUGGUGGGAAAUGUUUUUUCUUUAUGAUGAUGGAUGGAUGUCACAGGAAGACUGGCAGGUCUGUCAUCAUUUUGGGGCCCCAAAAAUUGGAUGAGACUCACUCCUCCAUGGUGGCACGAGUGUUUUCAAUGCUAUAUUUGCACUUUAACAAGCACCUUCAUAAUAUUAAGUCACUGGGUUGGGUUUCAGAAAAGAAAACAUGGAAGCUAAGGGUGAUUUCAUUGAAGCACACAAAUACCUUUUUGGGGUGUGUGUACUCUGAGAAGCUCAUCACCCAGAUUCUAACUAUUCUCAGGAAAAAACAAAAAAAAAAUGAAACCUCUGCAGCAUUCAAGUUGUCAUGAUAACCCUUCUGUUGAAGUGUUCCACCUUUGAAUGGAAGUAGGAGUGAGAUUCAUCUCAUGUCUUGUUUAGGCUUGUCACGUGUAUUUGCAUAUCAGAUUUUCAAACGUGCUUUAUUUCUGAUUAUUAGUAAUCACCACAGUAUGUGCUUUGAAAGCUAGAUGGCCAUCUACCUUUCUAGUGCUUGAUGGCAGAGCAGCUGCUGCUGUGCUCUGAAACAUCUUAUCUGGUGGCUGUGUAACACAUUCAGGAUAUUAUACACCAUCCAAUAUUUUUAAUCAUAUUAAAUUAUGUGAGAAUUUACAUUGUGAGUCUUUCUUUUCAAUGUGAGAGGUGAAAACACCAUGCACAAUUUUUUGUAUCUCAGUUCAGCCUGUGUGUAUCUGAGUUUCUCAAGGACUUUCUAAAUAGACAAUAUGUAAAUAUAGACUGAAGUAUUUGCUACCCACUCCUAUGAUCUAAGUCAUCCUCCUGCAGACUGAAAUUUAGGACAAAUGAGGUAAAGCAAACUGUGUAUAUGGAUUUUUCCACAAGAAUGCUUAUUUUUUAAGUUCUUAGUCAUCAUGAUAUCAGAACUAAUGUAAUAGGACUUAAAAUUUCCAUAUGUAAUAUUUGGAAUAAUCUACUGAAAAAUUCACUAUAAAAUAAUACAUGAUUAUCUGGUUCCCACAUGUAUUCUUCUGUAUCUCACACUACUGUUGCAAAUAAAUAUGUGUCAAAAAAAAAAAAAAAAAAAAGGCAUCUUGUGAUCACUGGAAACAUUUCAUGAUCCUAAAGCUUGGGACAGAAAAUAUAAGGAAAAACCCCAAAUCCAACCCAUAGAAUGUAUCUAAGAGGAGUCUGGAAGUGUAUGCAACAGUGAAUGAAUGAUUUACUGUGGAAAAAUAUUCAUCAGAGAAGAAAGCUGCUUGUGGAAAAGAUUUAAUAUCUUGAAGGAAAUGAGUCUAAACCAAUUAAAACAAAAAUUAUGCUGGUAUGCUGUCAUGGUUUAAGCCCAGCUGGCAACUAAGCACCACACAGCCACUUGCUCACCUCCCCCACUCCUAGCCCAGUGGAAUUAGGAGGAGAAUCAAAACUAAAACUUGUAUGUUGAGAUAAGAGCAGUUUAAUAAAAAAACCUCAAAACAUCAGCGUGUUAUCAACAUUAUUCUCAUACUAAAUCCAAAAGCACAGCACUGUACCAGCUACUGAGAAGAAAUUAACUCUAUCCCAGCUGAAACCAGGUGAUAUAUGUACAUCACUGAUUUUGCCAAAUGGGUUAAAAAAUUCAUAGGACUAGUGGAGAGACAAAGUUUUUAAAAGUGCUAAAAAUUAUACUGGCACUUCCAACCCCCUUCACUAAAACACAGUUUGUGAGACUGAGCUCCCAUGAUGAUCUUCAGCAAUAGAAAUCAGAUCCUGUGGCACUGUAGAUUUCACUGUACAUUUCUAGUUGUCUAGCUCUUUGCUUGGAACGCAAAGUUUAGUUCCUAUGACAUUAAUGGAGGUAAAUUGGGGUCCUGAAAAUGACUGAUAUGAAAACACAUCACCUGGGAUAGCUUCUAAUCAGUAGGAAUGGCUCAUGCCAGACACACCCUUGUGGUGGUUCAGCUCCUGCCUUUAGCUUCUUCAAGCUCCAGAGGCACCUCAAAAGAGGCUUAGGGGAGUGUGUAUGUUGCAUAUAACGUAAUACACACAUGAUUUGUACCUUACUGAAGCAGGUUCCCAAGGGAAUUUAGGCAGAACUAGUAAAAUUAUUUCAGUGUCACAAUCACAGGAGGAAGCAGCCAUUCUGACAUUCUGAAACAAGCACAAAACAGGAAUACAGAUGUCUGGAGAGUUACAAAGACAAACACAUAGUGAUGGAGCUGUCUGCAGUGUUAAUAUGAAGGGUCCUGGGAAGAACACAAAAGCAACUGCAUAGGCAAGGGAGAUCUUUGUAGCAUACCUCUUACCCAGGGGUUACUAGCACUAAGGUAUCAUAGGAUUAAAACACAGUCCCAAUUGUAUGAGGAUGUGGAUGAGGCUUUUGGAUCUCAUCUGAGCCCUAUUUGGAUCCUGUGGAGAGGCUGAGCCAUGCUGGGUGAGUAAUGUCCUUACUCUAGGCUUCAGUGGUGACACUGGCUUCAGCAGCGACAGCUACAAACAGCAACUGUGACCCAGUCAUCUGUUUAAAAAGAGAAAUUAGAGAGUAGAUAUUUCCAAUAUCAGCUUCCUUUUAAGCCCUCAUUUGGCUUUAGACUCCUUUAUCAGUUGUAGAUUGUAGUGUAUUGCAAACGUUAUACACUGCUUUUUUUUAUAUCAGACUGAUAACUCUUAUCUUGGCUAUUAAUUUCUUUUGACCUUUCUUGCCUCGUUAGAAAAACAAUCCUUAGAAGUACAAGAACUAUGGCAUAAUCUGACUAAAAAAGCUAUCAUAAUGUUCUUUGGAAAGGCAAAAGGAGCUUGUAUUACUUGUCUCUCACCUUGCCAUUUGGGAUGGGGAGAGGCAGAGGUAUUCUGUGGGCAUGCCUGGCAAACAGAAUUCCCAACUGCUACGCUCCACUCAUGCACAGAAAUGAGCUUCCUGUGAUGUUUCAUCCCUAUUUCCCUUCUCAUAGAAUCUUUAUAAAAACCUCUCUAAUUCACAGUAUGCCUAGAGGUUCUUGCUAGAACGUUUUAAUAGACAUGUGUCUAUUAAAAUGUGCACGUAUGUGCAUAUGUGUGCACACGCCUGUGUGUGAAAGGUACAGGGAGGCGCAGCGUGGCACUGCCACAGUGUUUGCUUCUUCCCAGCAGUGGACAAGAUCAUGGGUAAAACUGUGGGGGAUCAGCUGCCAUUUGAGAUUGCUGCAUGCCCCACUGGGAUCCUAAUGACUUGGUCAUUUAUUUCCACUUAUUUCUGAGCCAUAUGGCAUUCAGCUUGAAAUGGGGUCAUGGCCAUCUCCUACUGCCAUGGAGCCAACUGGGUUCUGCUGCUCUUCCUCCCAAAGUUCAUUUGCCACAAGGUUUUCUUUCCCCACAUUUCAGCUAUUUAAAAAUUGAUUACUUUAGACAUUUUGUAGCUUCCUAGCGUGUAAAAUAUUUUACCAUUAUUCCAUUCUACUUUAGCAUUUAUUCAAUUUAUUCUGUGGGAAUUGUUUCAUUAUUUUAGAACAGCAAAUCUCAGGACAUUGGAGAGUCAUUCAUUUUUCCUCAAAAAUUUCCUGUGAUAGUUCCUAAUGAUAUCUAUGCUAUUCUUUUCCAGUACUUAAUUAUUUCCAUUUGCAUUGUAUUUCAGUGCCUAGCUGCCUUGUGGUCCCAUAUUCAGACAGGAAUGCAUGCAUAUUUUGUUUUGUUUUGCCUUUCCAGCUGAAUGAGCUCAUCAGAACUGGAAUGAGAUGGUUUAGUCUCUAGAUUCCCCUUCUGUGAGCUUCUUCAAGCUGCUACUGCCACUUUGGACUUGGGGCCACUUUUUCUAGCCAGCAGCAGUUACUCCAGAGGGGGAGGGCAUUUCAUCUGCUUUGACUUGCCAGAGCUGUACAGUACAUAGGAUAAAUCCUGCCUUCGCUUCCAGAGGAGAUGAAGUAGGUUUGCACCAGCCAAACCCGGUCUUAGACAAUUGCAGUAAAGCAAACAGUGUCCCAGCAAAGAAGUAAUCAGUUUUGAAAAGAUGGGAUUUGGGCUUGUGGCCAGUCCCUGGGCUCUGAUUUGCAAGAAAAACAUCAAUAGGAAAACUGGAACAAUGGCUGAUUGUCCCUGUAAGUUCUGAACAUAUGUGCAUGAAUAUCCAGUAAGAAAAAGCCUAAUGCUUCAUGAUUAAAGAUGACAGAGCAGGGACAAAAUGAACUCUGGAGAUCAGGAAGAUGUAUAUAGAUGUUGGACUCUGCUGUUGUUUGCCCACAGGUAUUGCUCCAGAGAAACAGCUGCACAGCAUCUUCUCGGAGCUGAGUCAGACCAGCUGUAGGAUGCACACAAACACAAAUGUUUCAGACACAAGGCUUUUUUGUUUUUCUCCUUCCUUCUACAGCUGCCCAGCAUACUUCAGACUUACUGGAGGCAAACAUUGCUAGGGCACGAAUGCAGAAGCUUUUCUAGCCUCAAGACUAAAAUGUGAGAAUAAAGCUUUGUGUCCUCCAACCUUUUAGCUUUGAAAAAGGCCAAGAAAUGCCAUGGAGGGAGCUUUAACAAAAGAGGUCAAAAAGUCCAUCUGGAUCCCUCUACAUCCUUGUCAUUCCUAGGGCUACCCUUAGAGAAACCAUCCACAGGUUAAUUUAUCAUUGUGUAAAUAAAAUAUCCCCCAACUUCUUUUACUACUAGCCUUUCUGAGUUAAAAUAAAUAUGCUUUGGUAGAGAAAAGCUGAAGAGCAUCUAAGAUUCAUAUAUAGCAGCUAUUGCCAUUGUGUCUGAGUGGUGAGGUCAAGGCAAAAUGAUUUUAUUAUCCCCCCAGUAAGAAAAAUUGUUCUGUGUGUUUGGGAGGUUUUAGAGGGAGGGGGCAGUUUGGUCUUUUUUCUUCUUACAGUGUUCUGUUUUUUUCAGGUUCUCCACAUUUAGCUUUAUUUUUUCUACAGGUCGAAUCCUCAAACAUUGUAUGGAAUUAAGUAGAACAAUUAAUUUUCUUUUUGUUUUGUUUUGUUUUUUUCCUUUGUCAAAGAGGAUGCUUUAACUUUUCUGGCUGUUUGACAUGUUUGCUCUGCAGGAUCUGCUGGCACCCACCAUUGUAUGGUCUCCCUUUCUUUAUAUUUCCUGCACAGACAGCUGUCACUUCAAUCAAUUUGGGACCCUAUGGAAACUGUAAAAGUUUUCACAAUAAAGUUCUAAGCAUCUGAAUUUGUGAUUCAGAUUCUUCAUUCUCAUUUCAGAUUGCAUUUUUCUUAACAAAAUACACAGUUUCUAUUCGCUCUCUUUCGUAAUGUAGCAAAAGUUUUCUUCUGGAUCCAGCCCUCUUUAAUCCAUUUUCUCAACAUUUUGCUAAUCACUUAGAAUUUAUCAUUAAACCUACAUAUUUGAGAUAAUUGGCAAAAUAAAACUUGUUUUUCUUAUAUUUGUUUCUCAUUUUGAGGGUCUGAGGGGCCAGGAGUUUUUCUGACAACAACAUAUAAAAAUUGUGUAUAGGAAGAAAAUUCACAUUCAGGCCGUAAUAUAUGGCAGUGCUGGAGUCUUGGGUG